GGGGCGUGCUGAACAGGGAGCCAGGCGCUCCCGGCCCCGCCGCCGUCACUAUGCCCGGCAAGUCCCGCUACAACCUGGUGGACGACAGGCACGACCUGCGCGUGCCGCUGCACAAUGAAGACGCCUUCCAGCACGGCAUCUGCUUCGAGGCCAAGUACAUUGGAAGCCUUGAUGUGCCUCGGCCAAACAGCAGGGUGGAGAUUGUGACUGCAAUGCGGAGAAUCAGGUACGAGUUUAAAGCAAAGAACAUCAAGAAGAAGAAAGUGAGUCUCCUGGUGUCAGUGGACGGGGUGAAGGUACUGCUGAAGAAGAAGAAGAAGAUUCUUCUGGAAGAGAAAAGAGAGUGGACCUGGGACGAGAGCAAAAUGCUGGUGAUGCAGGAUCCCAUCUACAGGAUAUUCUACGUGUCCCACGACUCCCAGGAUCUGAAGAUCUUCAGCUACAUCGCCAGAGACGGCUCCAGCAACGUCUUCAGGUGUAACGUCUUCAAGUCCAAGAAGAAGAGCCAGGCCAUGCGCAUCGUCCGCACCGUGGGGCAGGCCUUCGAGGUCUGCCACAAGCUGAGCCUGCAGCACACCCAGCAGGACGCGGACGGGCAGGAGGAUGGUGACAGCGAGCGCGAAUCAAAUGUUCGCGGGAAGCCGGGGAGGGGGUGGACCAGAGCUGAGAAUGCAGCUGUCCCCGCAGAGGAGACCGAUAUCGACGCAGUGGAGAUCCCUCCACCAGGGAGCAGCACCCUGGAGUUCAGCCGGGGGGUGACGGACCUCGACGCCGUGGGGAAGGACUUGGGGCACUCUCCGGACACCAAGGUACGCCAGCCCCAGCCAAGAGCAGCUGACUCCCUCCACUCUGAGACUAUCCUGACUAAAUCGCCCAAGCUGCUGCUCCCCUCCUCCUCCCAGCUGCCGGACCUGGGGACCCCUCUCUCUGCUCAUCACCAAAUGCAGCUUCUCCGGCAGCUUCUGCAGCAACAGACGCAACAGACACAAGUGGCCAUGGCCCAGGUUCACCUGCUGAAGGACCAGCUGGCUGCAGAGGCAGCAGCUCGGCUGGAGGCUCAGGCGCGCGUGCACCAGCUCCUGCUGCAGAACAAGGACAUGCUCCAGCACAUCUCGCUGCUGGUCAGGCAGGUGCAGGAGCUGGAGCUGAAGCUGUCAGGAAGCAACACCAUAGGCUCCCAGGACAGUCUGCUGGAGAUCACCUACCGCUGCAAUGCCCUGCCGGUGCUGUGCGACCCCACCACCCCAAAGCCUGAGGACCUCCACCUGCCGCUGCUGGGCCCUGGCCCUGACUCCGCCCAUGCCCUGGGCAGCCCCAUAGGUAGGAGUGACUGCUUGGUGAAGCUGGAGUACUUCCGCUUCCCCCCAGGCGCCGCGUCACCGUCAGAGCCGCUCCUGGGCAGCCUGGAGCUCAUCAAGUUCCGUGAGUCGGGCAUUGCCUCGGAGUACGAGUCCAACACGGACGAGAGCGAGGAGCGCGACUCGUGGGCCCAGGAGGAGCCACCGCGUCUGCUCAACGUGCGGCACACGCAGGGCCUGGGGGACAGCCUGGACGAUGAGAUCGCUGUGUAG